AUGUCAGAAGAAAACCGCUUGAAGGAUUUCCAGGAAGCCAAUAAGAUUGUUUUUGACCCAAGUACGAGGUCUGUAUGGGAAACCCAGGAGAAGAAUAUUGAUGCUGGAGUAAAUGGAUCGAAAGCCGAGGAAUACGACGCCCAGAGUGGGACCACAUCGGGUAUUGUACCCACGCUACAGAAUAUUGUCGCGACAGUGAAUCUGGAUUGCCGGCUGGACCUAAAAACAGUGGCUUUGCACGCCAGAAACGCAGAAUACAAUCCCAAGCGGUUUGCAGCUGUAAUCAUGCGUAUCCGGGAGCCUAAGACCACGGCUCUGAUCUUUGCGUCGGGGAAAAUGGUGGUGAUUGGUGCGAAGUCAGAGGACGACUCGAAGCUGGCCAGUAGAAAGUAUGCGCGGAUUAUACAAAAAAUCGGGUUCAGUGCCAAGUUCACGGACUUCAAGAUCCAGAAUAUUGUAGGGUCGUGCGACGUCAAGUUCCCGAUCCGUCUCGAAGGUCUGGCGUUUUCGCACGGUACUUUCUCGUCGUACGAGCCAGAGCUGUUCCCGGGUCUUAUUUACAGAAUGGUUAAACCUAAGAUCGUGCUGCUGAUCUUCGUGUCCGGGAAGAUCGUGCUGACCGGUGCAAAGCAGCGGGAGGAGAUCUACCAGGCGUUCGAGGCCAUCUACCCGGUGCUGAGCGAAUUCCGGAAGUUGUGA